GCAGUGGGGUCCAAUGAGAAGAGGGUUGAGGAAGUGCCGGGAGGAAUGUGCUCCGCCGAAGGAGGGAUACAGUUAGGCGAGCUGCUGUCAAAAUAUACAUCUUUUUAAACGCGAUAUCGAAUAACUUUACUGAAGUCUAAGGUAGAAGGCCGGCCAUGGACGCGGAGGGCUUCGGAGAGCUGCUGCAGCAGGCGGAGCAGCUGGCGGCCGAGACGGAGGCCAUCUCGGAGCUGCCCCACGUGGAGCGCAACCUGCAGGAGAUCCAGCAGGCCGGCGAGAGGCUCCGGUCGCGCACCCUGACCCGCGCCUCCCAGGAGACGGCCGACGUCAAGGCCUCAAUCCUGCUGGGAUCCAGAGGACUGGACAUUUUCCACAUCUCUCAGCGCCUGGAGAGCUUGAGCGCGGCAACAACGUUUGAGCCCCUGGAGCCCGUGAAGGACACGGAUAUACAGGGCUUCCUGAAGAACGAGCGAGACAAUGCGCUGCUGUCGGCCAUCGAGGAGUCGCGGAGGAGGACCUUCCUGCUGGCGGAGGAGUACCACCGCGAGUCCAUGCUGGUGCAGUGGGAGCAGGUGAAGCAGCGGGUCCUGCACACUCUGCUGGCGGCCGGCGAGGACGCCCUGGACUUCACCCAGGAGCUAGAGCCCAGUUUCGUGAGCGAUGCGGGAGCCCCGGGACGCAGCGCUCUGGACAGCGUGGAGGUGUCGUACGGCCGCCAGAUCUACGUCUACAAUGAGAAGAUCAUGAGCGGCCACCUGCAGCCCAGCCUGGGGGAUCUCUGUGCCUCUGUCGCCGACAGUCUGGAUGACAAGAGCGUGUCCGAGAUGUGGGCGAUGGUGAAGCAGAUGACCGACGUCCUGCUGGUUCCAGCCAAGGACGCGCUGAAGAGCCGCGUCUCCGUGGACUUGCAGAUGGCGUUCGUGCGACAGGCGCAGCAGUUCCUGGAGCGCAGCUAUAAGAACUACACCAUGGUGACCGUGUUUGGCAAUCUGUACCAGGCCCAGCUGGGAGGCGUGCCCGGCACCUACCAGCUCGUGCACAGCUUCCUCAACAUCAAGCUGCCAGGACCACUCCCAGGAAUGCAGGACGGGGAGGUGGAGGGGCAUCCCGUCUGGGCCCUGAUCUACUACUGCCUGCGCUGCGGGGACCUGUCAGCCGCCAUGCAGGUGGUCAACCGGGCGCAGCACCAGCUGGGCGAGUUCAAGAACUGGUUCCAGGAGUACAUGAACAGCCCUGACCGCCGGCUGGCCCCUGCCACGGAGAACAAGCUCCGGCUGCACUACCGCCGCAUCCUGCGCAACAGCACCGACCCCUACAAGCGGGCCGUGUACUGCCUGAUCGGCAAGUGUGACAUCGCAGACAGCCACGGCGAGGUGGCUGACAAGACCGAGGACUACCUCUGGCUGAAGCUGAGCCAGGUGUGCUUCGAGGAGGACGGCGGCAGCUCUCCGCAGGACCGACUGGCACUGCCCCAGCUGCAGAAGCAGCUGCUGGAGGACUAUGGGGAGUCGCAUUUUGCGGCUGGCCAGCAGCCCUUCCUGUACUUCCAGGUGCUGUUCCUGACUGCGCAGUUCGAGGCCGCCAUCGCCUUCCUGUUCCGCGUGGAGCGGCUGCGCAGUCACGCCGUGCACGUGGCCCUGGUGCUGCACGAGCUGCGGCUGCUGCUGAAGUCCUCCGGGCAGAGCGCCCAGCUGCUGAGCCAGGAGCCGGGGGACCCUCCUAUGAUCAGGAGGCUGAAUUUUAUCCGCCUGUUAAUGCUGUACACCCGCAAGUUCGAGUCCACUGACCCCCGGGAGGCGCUGCAGUACUUCUACUUCCUCAGGAACGAGAAGGACAGCCAAGGAGAGAACAUGUUCAUGCGGUGCGUCAGCGAGCUCGUGAUCGAGAGUCGGGAGUUCGACAUGCUACUGGGGAGACUAGAAAAAGACGGAAGCAGAAAGCCAGGGGUGAUUGACAAGUUUGCAGGAGACACCAGAGCUAUAAUAAGCCGAGUUGCUCUUGAAGCCGAGAACAAGGGGCUUUUCGAAGAAGCGGUUAAGCUGUAUGAACUCGCCAAGAAUCCUGAUAAGGUAAUGGAGCUGAUGAACAGGUUGCUCAGUCCGGUCAUCUCCCAGGUCAGCGCGCCACAGUCCAACAAGGAGAGGCUGAAGAACAUGGCACUGGCCAUCGCAGAGCGCUACAGGGCCCAGGGCACGGCUGGGGAGAAGUCUCUGGACAGCACCUUCUACCUCCUGCUGGACCUCAUCACCUUCUUCGACGAGUAUCACGCAGGUCACAUCGACAGAGCCUACGACGUGAUGGAGAGGUUGAAGUUGGUCCCUCUGAGCCAGGACAGUGUGGAGGAGAGGGUGGCCGCCUUCAGGAACUUCAGCGAUGAGGUCAGACACAACCUGUCUGAGGUGCUCUUGGCCACCAUGAACAUCCUCUUCACACAGUACAAGAGACUGAAGGGAACCGCAGCUGCUACCCCAGUCCGGCCACAGCGCUCGCUGGAGGACAGGGACUCAGUAAGCACGCACCUGCGGUCGCAGGCCCGGGCCCUGAUCACCUUCGCCGGCAUGAUCCCAUACCGCAUGGCCGGCGACACCAACGCGCGCCUGGUCCAGAUGGAGGUUCUGAUGAACUGACCCCCCCCCCCCCUCGCUGCUGGGCUGGGCCCCUGCCUGCCUGCCCACCAGCCCCCCUGCUUUGUAUGUUGUCUUGGUUUAAAUAAAAUCUUUUCGUUUUCCA